AGUGAGCUCGCUAGCAGGCGGAGCAGGCGGGGUUGGCCCAGGGAUGGGAUCCUCCCGCUUCCCUUCUGCGCGUGGCUCAGACGUCAGGAGGAGCCCGAGCGGGCAGGAGGCAGCGCCCAUCCCCACAGCUGCCAGAGAGUCGGCGGCGCGGCUGCCGGACAGGGCAAAGGAAGAAGCUUCCUAGCUUAGGCGAAGUAAAGUGCAGGCGGGAAGCGAAAGGGGGUAGUGCUGUGCCAUGGCCGACGUCUUCGCAGCUUCCGAGCCUGGCUCGGAUCCCGACACGGCGCGGCGCUUCGCCCGCAAAGGGGCCCUCCGGCAGAAGAACGUGCACGAGGUGAGGGACCACAAAUUCAUCGCGCGCUUCUUCAAGCAGCCCACCUUCUGCAGCCACUGCACCGACUUCAUCUGGGGGUUUGGGAAACAAGGAUUUCAGUGCCAAGUUUGCUGCUUUGUGGUUCACAAGAGGUGCCAUGAAUUUGUUACCUUUUCUUGUCCUGGGGCCGACAAGGGGCCGGACACUGAUGAUCCCAGAAGCAAGCACAAGUUCAAAAUUCAUACGUAUGGAAGCCCAACCUUUUGUGACCAUUGUGGAUCAUUGCUUUAUGGACUUUUACACCAAGGGAUGAAAUGUGACACAUGUGAUAUGAACGUUCACAAGCAGUGUGUGAUUAAUGUCCCAAGUCUUUGUGGAAUGGAUCAUACAGAAAAAAGAGGGAGGAUCUAUUUGAAGGCUGAAGUUAAUGGUGAAAAGCUGGAAGUCACGGUACGAGAUGCAAAAAACCUAAUCCCUAUGGAUCCAAAUGGACUUUCAGAUCCUUACGUGAAGCUGAAACUUAUUCCAGAUCCUAAGAAUGAAAGCAAACAAAAAACAAAAACCAUCCGUUCCACGCUUAAUCCACAUUGGAAUGAGUCAUUUACAUUUAAAUUAAAACAUACAGACAAAGACAGAAGAUUAUCUGUGGAAGUCUGGGAUUGGGAUAGAACAACUAGGAAUGAUUUCAUGGGCUCCCUUUCUUUUGGGGUGUCAGAGCUCAUGAAAAUGCCAGCAUGUGGAUGGUAUAAGUUACUUAAUGAGGAAGAAGGAGAGUAUUACAGUGUUCCUAUACCAGAAGCUGACGAAGAGGGAAACACAGAAAUGAGGCAGAAGUUUGAGGGCAAAAGAAAGGUCCAAGAUAAGAAAGCCAGACUUGGACCUUCUGCUAACAAAGUCAUAACUCCAAUUGAAGACCGAAUCUGUAACUUACCAUCCAAUAACCUUGACCGGGUUAAGCUGACAGAUUUCAACUUUCUCAUGGUACUUGGGAAAGGAAGUUUUGGGAAGGUUAUGCUGGCAGAGCGGAAGGGCACAGAAGAACUAUAUGCAGUCAAAAUAUUGAAAAAAGAUGUGGUGAUUCAGGAUGAUGAUGUAGAGUGUACCAUGGUUGAAAAAAGAGUUCUAGCCUUGCAGGAUAAGCCCCCUUUCCUAACACAGCUUCAUUCUUGCUUCCAUACUGUGGAUCGCCUGUACUUUGUCAUGGAGUAUGUGAAUGGUGGUGACCUCAUGUAUCAUAUUCAGCAAGUAGGAAAAUUCAAGGAGCCCCAAGCAGUGUUCUAUGCAGCGGAGAUCUCAGUGGGACUUUUCUUUCUCCAUAAAAAGGGAAUCGUUUAUCGGGAUCUGAAAUUAGAUAAUGUAAUGUUGGAUCAUGAGGGACACAUUAAGAUUGCAGAUUUUGGAAUGUGUAAAGAGAAUAUGAGUGACGGAGUAACGACAAGGACCUUCUGUGGCACUCCAGAUUAUAUUGCACCUGAGAUUAUUGCCUAUCAGCCCUAUGGAAAAUCAGUUGACUGGUGGGCCUAUGGUGUACUGCUGUAUGAGAUGCUAGCUGGUCAGCCUCCAUUUGAUGGUGAGGAUGAAGAUGAGCUCUUCCAGUCAAUAAUGGAGCAUAAUGUUUCUUAUCCAAAAGCAAUGUCCAAAGAAGCUGUGUCCAUUUGCAAGGGGUUAAUGACUAAACACCCUGCAAAACGUCUUGGUUGUGGGCCUGAGGGGGAGAGAGACAUCAGGGAGCAUGCCUUCUUCAGGAGAAUUGACUGGGAAAAACUGGAAAACAGCGAGAUCCAGCCUCCAUUCAAGCCUAAAGUGUGUGGCAAAGGUGCCGAAAACUUUGACAAAUUCUUUACCAGAGGACAGCCAGUGUUAACGCCACCUGAUCAGCUGGUCAUUUCUAACAUAGACCAAGCAGAUUUUGAAGGGUUCUCCUAUGUCAACCCACAAUUUAUGCAUCCGAUGUUGCAGAUUGCGGUAUGAAAGUGACAGACACAAAGGAAACUACACAGUGAAAAUCUGUUCUUAUCCCUGGAGUUUUUAGACCUUUGCCUUCUUGAUUCCAUUGGGAUCUGAAAAUUGUAGGGGUCUACUUCUAAAUUAUAAUGGCUACCUGCAGGUUUUCUACAAGACUUGGGCCACAAUCAAACGGGGUAUGCAUGCAUGUUCCACCCAUAUAGGUAUUUGCACUAUUUAAAAGCUACCCCACAACCUCCAAGCUGCUAAAGAGAAACUCUGCUGGUAUCUGUAGCACAUUUUUUCCUGGGUUUUCCUUUACCUUAAGUCUUGUACCAGAUCCCCACAUCAUCUUUUUAAAAUCUCAGGCCGAAUAAAGAACAGUUUGGAUGGUUUGUGUUGGGGCAGGAAGGAGAGGAUAGAGACUGGGGGUGGGGGGUGGGAUGGGAACUGGCUGCACACUCAGAACAUAAGCCCUUCCCUCUUGUGAGUUGUGGCUGGAGUGAGAGGGUGGCUACAUACCUGUGAAUUAUUAUUUUUUAAUGGAGAAGAAGAAUAGGUCAGUGCUGUGAUUAACAGAUUCCCCCCACUUUUAGUUCAAGCCAUGUUUGCUUUUUUCUCUUACUUAUUAGAAGAUGCUUAUUUUAGGAUCAGUAAAUCUUUGGUUUGCAUUUUUAGCAUGUGUACUGUGGUAUACUAUUUUAAAAUUAUCCUUCAAUAUUUUCCUUGUUAAUAUUUACAACUUAGGUGCUGAAUGUGCACGUCAGUGCAGCAAUCCUAUCAUUUUAAUAAGUUGCACAAAGAAUACCAUGAAGGAGAGGUUCCCCAUGUAUUGAAGCAUUAGUUUUACACUACAGCUAACUAUAUCACACAGUGUGCCAAAAUAAUUAAAUCAAUCUGCUCUUGCUAACAGUCUCUCUGUUCUCUCAUACUAUAUUCUGAGAACUUGUGUAAGGAUGAAUUCACACAUGUCAUUUUUCCUCCAUGAAAGUAGUGCAGGGGGAAAUACACACAGCUAUGCCUGUAUCACAUGUAAGGUUCAUUCACAACUCUCUUUUGCUACAUGUAUGUCUGUUGGGAACAUUCUGCUGACCAGAGCUCUCCAAGAGGCAUGCACACAUGAUGAAAUAGGCAAGUGCAUGAUGAACCGUUGCCACAAUUUCAAGAUAAAGUAUAUCUUUGCCAUUAAAAAAAUAGAUAGUUUUGAAUAGUUUAACUUUUUGCCAUUAUUGAAUUGAUAGUUUUGAAUGCUCAGUGCUUGGUAACCUACCUAUAAUUGGCACAGCCCAGAAAAAGCAAACAUUCUUAAAUCCCACUUACUCAAUACAUUUUGUCAUUGUCAAAACAUUACUAUCUCAGCUAUAGUAUUUUUGGAUCUUAUAAGAUUUAGAAACUGCCCAUCUAGCAUUCCUUAGAAAAUAACUUGUUUCAGAACUUUAUUUCACAGAAAUUUCCCUUGUUUCUCCAGCCUUCAACGUAGUCAGAUCAGUUUUUGUGAGACUUUAGUAUCUAUACUGGGUGCUGGUAGUACUGUUCAUCAGUGUGCAAAAUGCUUUGCAAUACAACACACAAGAAUAAAGAUCCCUGCCCUUAGGAGCUUACAGUUUAAGAUCUGGUUUGUAAGAGUGACUCUCGGGUGCUAGGUUAUGGAAAGGCAUUGAAAAGGACAGUUGUACAAAGGAUUAUCAGAGUGCUUCUACAAGAAUCAUUUAGGAAAGCCAAAUAAAACAAUGCCAGGUUGUUGAUUAUAGGAACUUAUUUAUAGUUAUCUGGAAGUGCAUAAUAAUAUGAACUAGUGUCAGCACUUAAUAGAUUUUGUAUCUGAGCCAUGAUGAAAAGUUUCUUAGAUGUGUUCUUAAGCUACUUUGUGCACACUGGAGAUUGCACUACCAGAUGCAGUCAUUUCCAGCAAAUAUAUUCGUAUUUUCAUAAGCACUUUCACUUUCUCUUGAAUUUCUCCUUUUCAGCAGAAGGCAGUAUUCUCUGCUCCUGCUCUCUUAAGGUCCUAGCAUUGGUAAUAUGAUGUUCUCUCCUGGAUACAGCUGCUUUUAAUGGCAUUUCUUGCACCGCUGUACAAAAGGAAGGAAACCUGUAGCAAAAUGGCAGCAUUCAUGGAUGUUGCUGGGGUAUGACAGAAAAGCAUGCUUAAGAAGCCACUAUCCUCCUAAAUUCAAUACUUCUUUUUCAUGUAGCCAGCAAACACAAGAGACAUAUCUUUAGCCUUCAGUUUUAAAUAGUCCAUUGAAUUAAAACAUUUUUAAUCGACAGAGAGUUAAUGGGGCAUAUCAAAACUUUAGCAAAUAAUCAAGUCAGAAAGAAAGCUUCUACUCUGUUAUUUAACAGUGCAAUCCUAUGCAUGUUUACUCAGAAGUAAGUUCUGCUGUAUUAAGUAAGACUUAUCCCUAGGCAUGUGUGCAUAAAAUUGCAUCCAUCAAAUUCUUUUUGACCUAUAUAUAUUUUUAAAUAUAAAAGUCUAAUGUUGCUAACACUAAUUGGUAUUUUUUGUACUUGGUAUUUUUUGUACAUUCAAGCCACAACUCAGUGGUCCUUCACAUCUUCCCACACCACUCUCCCCAUCAGCAACCACCUGCAGGUGGAGAGCUUUGAUCACACAAGAUAGCUGCACACGCUUAAUGGAGCACAUAAGGAGACCAACUGAAUUGGGAUCUCAGUGUAUAUUGCUUUUCACAUAGUUGUUCAUGACAGUCAUCAAAAUGCAAGUGGUUCCCUCUCAGCCAAACUCCAUACAGGUAUGCCAAUAUAACAAGAGGGAAGUAUUUACAAUAUUAAGUUUACAGGGGCUAUGUUAUCAAGAAAAUUUGAAAAAUGUAUAAUAAUGUGAUUUGUCAUACAUGUCUUUAAAUCAUUAGAAUUUUAAUCAUUAAGUUGUCAUCACUGGUCUGUUUGAGGACUCUUUUGUUUCUUUAUGUAUGUAAAAUAGCUGUAUUAAUUUAGUUGUAGCUAUGUUCAAUUCAAACAAAGGAACUUUAUUUGCAAUAUAGUAAAAUGCAAAAUCCAGUAGCUAAAUCUCUUUCCUUUUGAAUCCAUAAUCCAUUUGAAAUGUUUAAAAUAAAUUAACUGUGAUUUAACAAUGGGAAAUUUAUGUAUGACUUAAUAUCAACUGAUAACUGUGCCAGUGAAGCUUGGCAAUUAUACAGCCUUACAGUGAAAUAAGCAAGCAUGCACUAAAGACCUCCUGAUCAUAUGAAACGCUGUAGUAGGAGGGGGUAGGUGUUGUUAUUGUUUCAUCUCAGGGCUGGGAUGCAGGAAUAAUGGACUUCUUUUCCCAGCUCUGCCAAUGACUCCCUCUGUGGCCUUGGGCAAGGUACUAAACCUUUCUGCCUCAGUUUCCCCGUCUGUAAAAUGGGGAUAAUAAUUCUUAAUAUCCCUCACAGACGAUUGUGAGAGCUGUUUUAGUUAUUGUUCCGGGUGCACUUUUAAUGUGAGCAUUAUAUUAAAGGUAUUAAACGUUUUAAUAUGGAAUCCAUUUGUUCAAUUUACAUGGUUUUGCUGAAAAUGCCAUGCUGUUUAUACUUUUUAUACAACUUUAAUAGUUCUGCUGUGAAACAAUACCAAAUUUUAUCUUGAUAUAUUUCUUACAGGAUCUGGAGUACAGCUUAGCUCUUGUCAAGCCAAGUCCUCUAUAGUGUUGCAAAAUGCUGCUUUUGCCAAAUCAUAUAGACACAGUUUUCCUACUACUGGGACUCAAACUCUGAAUAAAUAGCAGCACUGGUUGCAUCGUAAGGCAAAAUUUCCCCACUGUUACAGUGAUUUGACCCCAUAGAUAUUUUCUAGCAAUGUUUAAUAAAGCCACAGGAAGGGAAAAGUUAACCUUUUAAAGGCAGCUGAUGCAGUCAGUGAAAAUCACAUUCAGCUGAUCAUUCAUUUUGGGCUCAGAUGUGCUCAGCUCCUUCUGCAUCUGGUCUACUGGUAGAAAAUGUAUUUCAUUUUUAUCAGUGGCUGAUUCACAGAACAGAUCACACAGCAGGCCACAGCUGGAUUUCCCUGGAUUCUUUUGUGUUGAGUCUCACUUCUGGGCACCAGUUUCACUGGGGGUUUCUUUUACAGAAGCCUCACUGAAACAAGUGGGAGUAGCACAAGGUCAUUGAGCAAGAUGGGGGUGGUGAUGGUGGAAUUGAUUAUGCAAACACUUGAGUCCAUCCAUUUUUAGCAAAUGCAAAGAACUAUCCAUCCCUAUCCAAAGCCCUUGCAUGCUCCCCAGGACUCCCUCUGCAAAGCAGGCAUUGCCACUGGGAGAUUUUCCCAUUAACUUUGUGGCAUUUGCAGAGUUCAUCCUACUGUUGUUUUAAUUGGGAAACCCUGCAGGAAAGAUAAUUCCCUACGUUCAAUCUUAGCACCUGCACCCAGAAGACAUUUCCGGCUCAGAAUGAUGGGUUUUAUGAGCCUGUAAUUUGAGUCAGUUGGGCUUUGCAUGAGUAAGUGCUAUGCAGGGUCUUAGUCCUUGUCAUUUCCUUUGGUAUGGGUAGAAGAUUGAAUUCCGUAAGCUUUCUUAAAAAUAACUGUGGAGGAGCCAUUUCUUUUCAUGACUUAGAUGAAUGCAAGCCAGUCUAACAAAAUGGAAUGCAAUUUUGUUUCUUAUAAACCCUAAAAUAAGUAGGUCAUAGGCUAUGGCCAGGUCACAGCCCCUAAACUAUGGCCUUUUAAGCAUGCAUGAAUAAGAUCUAACACACCAUAGUAUUUGCUGUGUUCACUUUUCUUUCUCUUGUUCUUUUCUCCUGACACAUACCAGAACCAAUAAAAUUUUACAGUUUAUAAAAGAUACCACUUUAAGGCUCAGUAUUUGUAUUUAUAAGAGAGGGAAGUGUUUUCUAAUUAUUUAAUAACUGCAAGGUACUGUAGGAAACAUGGAGAGGCCAUUCAUUUGCAGGCAAGAUUAAUGUACAAAUUGUUGCACUUUUUUCCUUAAUCUAACUGAUUAAGCUUUGUUUGCAUGACAUGUUUUUUUUUUUGUUAAAUGUUAAUGGUAGUUUGAAAGCAAGUGAGUAUGAAUAAAGAUACUUAUAAUUA